AUGGCAUGUGCUACAGUGUGCUGGAACACGGAGCUGCCCGUCAUGUCUCCCUACCCUUCUGAUUCACUAACUAUACAGCCACCUACCCAGGGUGGACAAACAGUUUUCAAACAGCAGUACUCUUUGGAAGGGAAACUGGCUCCGAUAUACAGCAGCAGCAGUAGUGCUUGGAAGGACUGGCUCAAUCACAGCAAACAAAGCAGUAGGUCUUUGGAAGACUGGCUCGGAUCAUACAGCAAUAGCAGUAGGUCUUUGGAAGACUGGUCCGAUUCUAACAGCCAACCAGCAGUAGGUCUUUGGAAGACUGACUCCGAAUCUACAGCAAACAGCAGUAGGUCUUUGGAAGACUGGCUCGAUCUACAGCAACAGCAACCCAAUAGUCUUCCUAAAAUACCUCAAAAUCAGCCCAAUGGUCAUUUCAAGUUACCUCAUAAUCAGCCCAAUGGUCUUAUUAAAUUACCUCGUAAUCAGCCCAAUGGUCUUCUUAAAUUACCUCAUAAUCAGCCCGACGGUCAUCUUAAAUUACCUCGUAAUCAGCCCAGUGGUCUUCUUAGAUUACCUCGUAAUCAGACCAAUGGUCUUCUUAAAUUACCUCGUAAUCAGACCAAUGGUCUUCUUAAAUUACCUCGUAAUCAGAUCAAUGGUCUUCUUAAAUUACCUCAUAAUCAGCCCGACGGUCAUCUUAAAUUACCUCGUAAUCAGCCCAGUGGUCUUCUUAAAUUACCUAGUAAUCAGACCAAUGGUCUUCUUAAAUUACCUCAUAAUCAGCCCGACGGUCAUCUUAAAUUACCUCGUAAUCAGUCCGACGGUCAUCUUAAAUUACCUCAUAAUCAGCCCGACGGUCAUCUUAAAUUACCUCAUAAUCAGCCCGACGGUCAUCUCAAAUUACCUCGUAAUCAGCCCAGUGGUCUUCUUAAAUUACCUCGUAAUCAGCCCGACGGUCUUCUUAAAUUACCUCAUAAUGAGCCCAAUGGCCUUCUUAAAUUAAGUCAUAAUUAG